UUUUUUUUUGGUCAUGGAAUUGACCAAAAUGUCGGACAUGACAAAGCUCCACCAAGCUGUGGCUGCAGGAGACUACAAUUUAGUGAGAAAGAUUUUGAAAAAAGGUCUCUGUGACCCAAACUACAAGGAUGUGGACUGGAAUGACCGAACCCCACUUCACUGGGCUGCAAUCAAAGGGCACAUGGAGGUGAUGCAGCUCCUUCUAGAAUAUGGAGCCAGGCCCUGCCUGGUAACUGAUGUGGGCUGGACUCCAGCUCAUUUUGCAGCCGAGUCAGGCCAUGUGAAUGUGCUCAAAGUUCUCCAUGCAUUGCACGCCGCCAUCGAUGCCCCCGACUUCUUUGGAGACACACCAAAGAGGAUCGCACAGAUCUACGGGCAGACCGCCUGUGUGGCGUUCCUGGAUAAGGCUGAGCCCGAGUGCCGGGACCACCGGCGCACCGCCAGGCAGAAGGGGCUGCCUCUGGACCAGCAGGACGAAGACUGGGAGGCCAAGAAAAGGGAGCUGGAGCUGUCUCUCCCUUCCUCGAAUCAAAACACUAAUAAGAAAAAGAAUAAGACAAUCCGAGGCCCCACCAGGCCGGGCCAUCCGAAGGAGAGAAGAGCGUGAGAAGGAGAGCAUCCUCGACGGCUCUAGCACGCAUAUCUGCUGCGGGGGACGGUCCCUGGACCAGAGUAGAAGUUGUGAGACCUGUGCUGUCCUUACGUGAUUUUACUUAUGACCAUUACCCAGACGCCUUAACUACCGGUAGCUUAGGACCUGGCAUUCGGUCUGAAACCUUGCUGGGUGUUCUCUAACCGAGCUGUUUCCUCCCUGCUGAUACGCGCUAUCCACAGGAAGUGCCAGAAAGGGCCGAGCAUUCGCUGCUUGUAUGUGAUCACCAGUCAUUUGCCCGUCAGCAUCCCCUGGCCUGCUAUGUGCCAUUAGAGAAUGUCAGGGGGGCAACGAAAGCGCUGUCCCUAAGGAAACUUGAUGGUUUCAAUGAAAAGAAAAAAGUAACAAAAUCUCAGAAAUCUCCUACAUACUCAGUAUAGUUAAUCUGCGACAAAAUGAUUUGUUGUCACAUAAACCAAGCAAAGAGAUGAACAAAUGUAGCUCCCAGGUUCCAGCUACGAUUUUCCUUCGUGGGGUUCACAAUCCCAGCCUGGUCAUUUUUACCAAUGAUCUCUUCUCCAUAGGAAGAACAAUCUGGGCGAUAGACUAACUCGGUGAGCAAGAACUGGGAACGCCGACGAGAAUUAGUUCCAUCCCACAUAACGAAUGAGAGGUAGCAUAAAAACUGGAACAUGUGAUUACGGCCCUACUUGUUCAGCGUACAUGUUAGGAAAUCUAAAUACAGAUCAGGUAUUUCCAGUGAAAAUGUCGCAUCCAACAUGUGCUCUACAUGUGAAAUAUGUACCCGAUUUUGAAUACUUAGGACAAAAAAUGUAAAACAGCUCAUUCACAAUAUUAUCGAUUACGGGUCGAAAUGAUCAUAUUUUGGAUAUUGGGUUAAAUAAAAUGUAUC